AUAAAUCUAUCAUUUACUAUAUUCCUCCCCAGAUAAAUUGGAAAUACAAAAUAAUUUUACUUGACCAGCGAUUGUACGAAUCGAAAGAAAGGUUAGCUAGACGAGGAGAAAGGAGCUGACUUUCGGCUGCUGGAGGGAAAGAGAAGAAGCGCGGAGAUAAAUAGUCCUCACUGCUAGUUAACAUAAAUGGAUCCUACAACUGAUGAUCAAUUAGAUUUUGAUGACGAGGAGUAUGGAGAAAGCCAAAAGAUGCAGUAUCAUGUAGGUGGAACUAUACCUGCACUUGCAGAAGAGGAAAUGAUGGGUGAAGACGACGAGUAUGAUGAUCUUUAUAAUGAUGUUAAUGUGGGAGAGGGUUUUCUUCAGAUGCAGCAGUUUGAGGCCCCAAAACCUCCAGAUUCCGUGGGAAAUGGAGUAUCCCCAGUUCCAGAAAACGAUACUAAUGAACCAAGAGUUGAUGCUAUAACUUCUCCAGAGAUGAAGCCUGGUGUGCCCAGUUCCGGGCUGCGAUUUCCUGAGCAAAAGAGCCGGUCUACGGCUGAAAGGGGUCCUGAUCAAACUGCUGCUUCUGAAAAGGCAAGGCCUCCAUCAAUGACCAGUGAUGCUCAAGUUGGUGGUAACAUGGCAUUUCACUCAUCAUCAGUUCGAAUACCUCAUGGAGCCAGUUCUGACCCUGUUCAUGAUUUGUCGGGCAAAGGUACUAAUGAGUCAUUGCCGUUGCUGAGUUCUGGUGCAGGUGGUGGUGGUAGUUCAAGAGCUGCUCCUUUGAUGCCAGCACAUCAAAUGAGUUCUAUUGCUGACACGAACAGCCCUAUGAUCAAUGAAAACCAUAUAAGGCCAGCCAUGGAGAAUGGAAAUACAGUGCUUUUUGUGGGGGAGUUGCACUGGUGGACAACUGAUGCUGAUAUUGAGAGUGUGCUGAUUCAAUAUGGGAAAGUGAAAGAGAUUAAAUUCUUUGAUGAAAGAGCAAGUGGUAAAUCCAAAGGUUACUGUCAAGUAGAAUUUUAUGAUCCUGCUUCUGCUUCUGCCUGUAAAGAUGGAAUGAAUGGACACAUUUUCAAUGGACGAGCUUGUGUGGUGGCAUUCGCUACUCCUCAUACAAUAAAGCAGAUGGGUGCUUCUAUUGUAAACAACAAAACCCCAACUCAAGUUCAGACUCAGCCACACCAGGGAAGGAGGCCCAUGAAUGAAGGACUAAACAGAGGCAGCGGGGCAAGUUUCCCCAGUGGAGAUACAGGGAGGAAUUUUGGUAGAGGUGGGUGGGGACGUGGGGGGCAGGGAAUGCCAAACAGAGGUCCUGGUGGUGGGCCUGGAAGGGGAAGAGGUGGUAUGGGUGCAAAGAAUAUGAUGGGUGGUAAUGUACCUGGACUCAAUGCUGGCAUGGGCAUUGGAGCUUAUGGACAGGGCCUUGCGGGUCCUGGUUUUGGUGGUCCUCCUGGAAUCAUGCAUCCACAGGGAAUGAUGGGUCCUGGGUUUGAUCCUGGGUACAUGGGUCGGGGAGCUGGUUAUGGAGGCUUUUCAGGCCCUGGUUUUCCGGGGAUGCUUCCUCCGUUUCCUACUAUGAACCCUAUGGGGCUCACCGGGGUGGCUCCUCAUGUAAACCCUGCUUUCUUUGGCCGUGGGAUGGGAAUGAUGGGUGGUACAACAGGGAUGGAUGGUCCUCAUCAAGGAAUGUGGACCGAUACAAGCACAGGUGGUGGGUGGGGAGGAGGGGAAGAGCAUGAAAGAAGGACAAGGGAGUCAAGUUAUGGUGGUGAAGAUAAUGCGUCUGAAUAUGGGUAUGGAGAUGCGAGCCAUGACAAAGGGGGGGCAAGGUCGAGUGCUGCUUCUAGGGAGAAAGAGCGAGCUUCAGAACGUGACUGGUCGGGCAACUCCGAGAAGAGGAAUCGUGAUGAAAGAGUAGAUAAUGACAGGGACAGGUAUGAUAGGGAGCAUAGAUACAGGGAAGAAAGAGAUGGUUACAGGGAUUACCGCCAUAAAGAACGUGAAGUGGAUUAUGACAAUGACAGAGGUCACUCUUCAAAAUCUCGAAGCAGAUCCCGAGCUGUGCAGGAGGAGGAUCAUAGAUCUUCUCGUUCGAGGGAUGCUGAUUAUGGGAAGCGGAAAAGGCUUCCAUCCGAGUGACAUAGUAUUUGUCAAAUAAAUACUCUGUUACGGAAAGUGUUUUUCAGGAUGUCUUAGUUGGAGUGCUGGACUCCUAUAACCAAGUCCACAAUAUUAUCCUCACAACAUUCCUCUGCAGACUGCUUGAAAGGGUUGCUGUUCUUCUCCCUAAAUUUAAUGAAGUAAGAAUUUAGCCUAACUUUCAUUCUAUUCAUGAACUUGAAUUGGUUGAAAACAUUACAUUUGUGCUAAGAUCCUGAGCUUAUUAGGUCUCCGUGGUAUUUCAUAGUGUGUGUUGGGACUUAGAGCUCUUUGUUGCUCGCUGCUAGUCUUCAUCGGUCAUUAAGGCAUUUCUGGUUCCAUCAGCUCUUUUGAGCUGCAUUAGUCUUCGCCACUUUUGAAACUUGAGACACUUGGAACCUUGUUAUAUAUUGUUAUGUAUUUUGAUUUGCUUUUUUAUGCAUUCACCUUUGCUUCAUGAAGAAAAGGUUUUUUAUGAACUCUUUAUUUUUUUAUUGCCUAGCUUAAAGGGGGUAAUGCUGUGGAUGGUGUGAUAUCUUACCCAAUGUGAUAUAUGCUCGUGUGAAUGAUGUGAAGUUUGAAUCUUCAUAUCUGCUAUUUUAAUGAUCCAUUCCUUUGUCCAUUCUAUUUUUUUAUGCUAAGUGGUCAUAGUAUAUAUGAUAAGAACAGAAAAAAUAAAAUCAACGGGAUAACCCGUUGCCCAAAAUAAUCAACGGCUGGAUCCGUUGCCCAGAGCUAAAUAGCUAAACCCAAUAUUAUUAAUGCUUGAUUUGAAUAAGCCUAGGCAAGGGUUUAUAUAACCCUUACAUCCAAAACUGAAUAGGAAACUAAAUCCUAGUAAGAAACAUAAUAGGAGUCCUAAUUAAACCAUUCAAGGAAACUAAAUAGAAAUAGGAAACCUCUAAUUAAUAGAAGUCCUAAUUAAAUCAUACUAGGAAACAAAAUAAAUUAGGAAACAAAAUAAAAGGAAUAAUUAAAAUUAAUUAAAUUGCUCGUAGCCAGCCCACGAAGGUGGGCUCAAGCCCGUCCCGCCCCAUGCUCUUCCCGCUUCAUAUCAAUAUACCAUUUUUAUAUGGAUCACAUAAGAUUUCGGUUCCUAGUAGUGUAAUGGUUUUCCUGGUUUAGUUCUAAUGGGUUAAAACCAGAAUACGGUUCUACUAACCUACUAACUUGUGGUUUUUUACGGACGAGCAUCCUUAUAGUGGAUUUUCGGGCUCUGUAUUUUACUAUUUAUAGGUGAUAGGUCUUGUUCGUGACAGUGCAUUUUCUUAACACGCUCACAAAAAUGUUCAAAUGUUUUGUUAUUUUUAUGUCUGUAUUCUGUGCAUUGUGCUAAAUGGGAGUAAAAGCAUCCUGGACCACAUAUGACAUAAUCAAGUGUCUGAUUAAUGCAGUUUAAUUGUGAUGAUUAUGCAUGCAAGCAUACUUAGUUUCAAGUUCGGGAGUUUGGUCGUGGAUUGUUUUGAAAGGGAGGGUGUUUGAGGGCCAAACAUAUAUCUUUAAUAAGAACUGAAGCAAUGUCAUAAUCUGUAAUAAUAAACCAUUUCAAUCACUCUAUAUUUGUUUUUCAGAAACAUUCUUUCUAUCAAGGUAUUGACUAAGCCCUCUAAUGUCUUCCCCUCCAAAGAUAUCUUUUUCUGGGUUAUUGUAAAUGAGGAGCAUCUUCUAGGUAGCACAAGUAUAUGUUAAAAUAUGUGUGCUUUUUUUUACAAGGUCUAUAAAAGCUGUUAACCUCCGCUCAUUCUUUUGUUUGAAGCUGGGGAUGUUACUCUUGCCUUUAUCUUUUCAAAUAUAUAUGUGUCAUGUCAAUAGUGAAUCCCCUUUGAUGAAUUUUGACAUGAGAAUUUUUCUUUUACCCGUAUUCAGGGAUCAGAGAGGCAACUCUUUGUUUUCAUGUCUAAACCCGCAUAAGUUGGUUACAUGGAGGAAGAUGAGUUAACUUGGCUGAAUUCCCUUACAAGUCCUUGUGUUAUGGCCAUAUUUUGUUUUACUUGUAAAUCUAUAUAUACGGUUUCCUCCUCUCCAUGAAAACUUGUGGAUAACAAACCGUGAUAUGGCCUGUUAUUGGAGAAGCUUUGCCUCAAAAUAGGGAUGUGUCUACCCAUCUACUUCCAUACAUUCCAUUUUUAAGCUGUUCUGGAAGACUCUUUGUACUGUUUCCUGUACAUGUAACUGUUCAAGUCCAAACUUGUGCCUUUGUACUACCAGCCUGUAAGAUUUUUGUGUAUCGUCUGAAGUUUUUUUUUCAGCUCUAGGGUAGUCAGAUUGAACUGUUGUAUGCUCAAUAUUGUGUUGUAAAUUUAAGCAAGUAGCAUUAUAGUGGAACAAUAAAUACCCUUCUUGCCAUGGAACUUAUGAGUCUAUGACCAGACGGUAGAUACAACCAACAGAAAGUACAUUCUCAGUGAGCUAUCUGAUGAGCGGCUUUAUUGGGCAUGGUUGCAUAUUGCAUCUGUAUUUGUCAAUUUGUUCUGACGACCAAGAGUGAUGUGUAAAUGAAAUGUAAUAAGAUUCUGAUAUUAGGACUUGUAUCUCUUGUGUUGUAAUCAGUUCAUACCUUUUUUGUAACUUGUAAACACGGAUUUUGUAGUUAGAUUAUAAUAUCACACUGUAAAAUUCCAAUGUAAGUAUGUAACACUGACCAGAGGGUUGAUGUCCAUAGAUAUUCUUUUUUUUUCUCUUGAAGUUUCAUUUUUGUAUCGUUUGAAGGCUUAUUUUACUAGGGGUUAUACUCCGUAUG